AUGGAAAUUAUGGAUUUGGAAGACGACGUCUGUUUGGCAACUUUUGACAAUGACCAAGAUUACUUUAAAGCUCUCACCGGUGGCCCGUGGGUUCUCCUCGAUCAUUAUCCAAUAGUUCACCAGUGGUCACCGGAAUUUCGGGUGGGCGAGGCAAUCCCACGAACCGUCACAGCCUGGGUUCGUUUCCCUCACCUCCCAGUGCACUUUUAUCACAAGGAAGUCCUUUUUGCACUUGGGAAUCUGAUCGGGCGAACAAUCAAGUUGGACUACCACACCGAGCAUGGCCACAGGGGAAAGUUUGCAAGGAUAGCCAUUGAGUUAGAUAUGUCUAAACCCCUGAAGCCACGCAUCAGAUUGGAUGGUUUCUGGCAAAAAGUGGUUUACGAGAACCUUCCCAACGCUUGCUUUGGGUGUGGGAUCGUCGGUCACGCGGAAUCCAUAUGUCCCAAGCUUGGCCGUGAUCUGACCGCGACGGCGAGCAAUUCGGCUACGACGAUCAGCUCUCAGACGUUACCGCUGCGGGAGACGGAGGCGCCGGCGGGUUUCGGCCCGUGGAUGCAAGUGACCCGGAAAAGUCGUAAACCGGAAAGGAAGGACUCAUCACAGCAGGCGGCUGAUCAGGCAAAAUUACAGGGAUCGAAAUCAGAAAAGAAGAAUCAGCCACAAAAGGAAGGGGGAUUCAACUUACCUUCUUUGGGGAGCAACAAACCAAACGCAAAAGGAAAGAAUAUUGGCCAUAGUCACACUACUGCUAAGGCGAUGGAAUUGCCGAACCAAGCCAAAAAUCAGGCGGAAACACCUCAAGUUGGAAUGCCCAAUAUGGAAAAAAGUUGA